AUGGUUAAUCUAUCGACAGCGAAUUAUUUAUUAAUUGGUUUAAUACUGUCAUAUAUGGAACUAAACAGAUGUUUUGUACUCCAAGCUCCAUUGAAAUUCGAUGAUCACGGCAAUCGAAAAAUCAAAGUUGGACACGAAAAGUAUAGUUUAGAUUCAAAAAAUCACCUGAAAAUUCGAAUUCAAGACUGUAAACUUAGUAUGGAUUUCACUCCAGCUAACAAAACUGAGAUCUCCAUGAAAAAAGGUGUUCGUAAAGUUACCAUUUUCUUGAUGGCAUAUGUGUAUCCUAUGUGGAUCAUCUCGAUAUUGCCUCUAGUUAGAAGCAUCAUAAGCAGAGACGAACUAAACGGCAGACCUCGAUUCCACUGCUAGCCAUCGUCCAUGAUCUCAACCCAUAGUGAUAAUGACCACGUGCCCACUAGUGACUAGCUUCGAGAAGUAAUUCUCGGAGUUCUAGUGAAAAGCCGUUACCAGUGUAGCUAAUCCAUGUCAGGUAGAGACAAAUAUCUACCUUAGAUAUUGAAAGAUGGUCGCACAAUGUUGUGGAUUGGUUGAAGUUAGACAUUUGCACCGUUAGAUGCCGGAUCAUUGGUCUAAAGAUUAGGCGUUCGCGCGCGAGGCCGAAGGUCCUGGGUUCGAAUCUCGCGUGCACUGCUGAGGAGUUCCAUACUAGGACGGAACGGCCGUCCAGUACUUCAAGGUUUUUAAUGGUGAUCUAACAUUGAUCUAUUCAUGAUCUCAACCAAAAACUCAACAAUCUCCAAGACCCAUACUGAUAACCAAUAUAAAAAUGAAUAAGAAAUUCACAAAUACAAGCUAGUGGCUAUCUGAGGUCAGUAGCUAAGUGGAUAACACGAUGGAGUUUGGGUAAAGUUCUGGAGUGGAUAUCAACUUUGGGAUGCAGUUACAUCAAGCUGAUAAGUUCCAAAUAGGACGAGAAGCGAGUUGUGGAUUUCACUGAUGACCACUAUUCACCUCUGCUUUAAUUUAUGUACACUAGCUUAAACACUUGACUUGGAAUAAGAAAAUUAAUGCUGAACGGGAAAAGUUUGAUUGAUAAUGGCUAAAUAAUAAUGUAUCCAACCUUCGGAUACCGAAAUAAGUUAGUUUUGUUAGAUGAACAGUUCGAUUACUCACAAUAUCAUGUCCACACUUACAUUUCUUAGAUAUGUAGCCUUGCAAAGACCAUGGAAUCGUUUGUUGCAUCAUUAAUCAACACAUAUUUCAUGUAUGUUAAACGUCGAAGUAGUAUGACAGCCAAUUUUCUGACAAAUUUUCCCCAUGUCAAUUCAAUAAGUAGUUAUAAUGUUUUAUCCGAUUCUACGCGAUCUUAAAAGUAUGGUAUCUUUUAUGAUGAAUAACCUCAAAGUUAACUUAUG